AAAAAACAAGAACUAGACUCUUGGACAUCAUUAUGAGAAGUUCUCAACUGAAGUCCUCUGCUGAAGUCCAAGGCAGCUGAUACACUACUCCUUCAGCCACUCAUGGUGAAACAACAGUUUCUUUGCAGGACUGCUGGAUAUUCAGCUGAGUAUAAGAGAUAAAGAUGGGUAGGGAAGCUAGUCAGGUUUUGAAGGAAGUAAAACGUUAUUGGACUAAAAGGAUGAAUCAGACAAUCUGGACAGAGCGAUGAAAAGAGAGGACCAAAAGCUAAGUGGAGGCAGGUGGUGUCACCAGCAUCAGGUACCUGAUCACUGCUCCCAAAUACCUUCGACUGGAUGCGUCUGAGAAGGUGGUGAUUCAGCUGUUUGGCUACACUGAAGAAACCAAUGUCCAAGUAUGCUUGAAAAGCUCUAUGGAUGGAAGCCAUACAAAAUAUGCUGAACAAAUAGUGACUCUGAAUGCCCAGAAUAACUUCCAAGACGCUGUAACAUUGAGGAUUUUCCCUAAUACAUUUUCUGAGACUGCUACGCAUGCAUUCCUUCAAGUACAUUCCGAACAAUUUGUAAAGCAUGUGAGGAUACCAGUCCUCCGUAAAAAUGGUUUCCUUUUUAUCCAGACAGACAAAACCAUUUAUACCCCAGAACAGUCCGUGAAAGUCCGAGCCUUCUCUCUCAAUGAAGAUCUGAUGCCAGGACUUCGGCAAGUGACUCUAACUUUCAGGGAUCCAGAAUUACAAAAGGUGGAAAUUGUGGACUUAACAGAUGUCAAUGGAAUCCCAACAAUGCAAAAUCCAUUCAAAAUCCCUCUCAAACCAAAGUUAGGAAUCUGGAGAAUUGAAGCUUCUUACACAAAUGAGUUCACAACAGAAGCCAAAGCUGAAUUUGAAGUAAAAGAAUAUGUAUUACCUAGUCUAUCCAUCAACAUGGAGCCAGAGGCUAACUACAUCAGUUUUGGUUCUUUUGAAAGUUUUAAGAUAAAGAUUUCUGCAAGAUAUAUUCAUGGUGCUCCAGUUGUGAAUGCAGACGUGUUCCUACGAUUUGGAUACAUAGAACAAAGACCUGGACAAACAGCUGUCCUCCUACCCAAAUCAUUGAGGAGAGAACAAAUGUCAGAAAGUGGUGAUGUGGAGGUGAUCAUUAACAUAAAGAAAGCUCUAUCACUUGAGGAUGGACCCAAAGAACUUGAAGGGUUGUUGGGGAAAAGCCUGUAUGUGGCUGUGCUGGUCCAAGAGCCAACAGGUGGUAUCUCCCAAGAAGCUGAGUUGGCCGGUGUGAAGUUCCUUAAGUCACCUUACAGCCUGAGUCUUGUUGCCACUUCCCCUUUCAUCAAACCUGGACUGCCAUAUACUAUCAGGGUGUCAGUCAAGGAUAAUUUGGGGGAACCUGUGGAACGAACACCAGUGAGUUUGGUGGAGGCGUUCAUCAAAAGAAAAGGUGUCUACGAACCCUAUCAGUGUUCUACAACCACAGCAGAUUACAGCAAGAGGACAAACAACGAUGGGAUUGCUCUUUUCAUUUGCAACAUGCAUUCAGAAUCUGGGAGUGCAAAAUUUAUCUUCAAAACCGCUGACGAGAGGUUACCCGAAAGCAGUCAGGCACAAUAUACAUUAGAAGCCAUGGCAUACUCAUCCCCAAAUGAACGCUACUUGUACAUUGAUUUACCAUCCACUUAUGCUGCCGCUGAAGUUGGAAGUCCACUCAGUAUCGUAAUCUACUUCUAUGCUCGUAGUUACCUACAAAUUGAGAAUUUCAGUUACCAGAUCAUUUCAAGGGGGAAGAUAGUGAAGUUUGCAACUGAGAAACAUGGAGGUUCAACUUCCCAAGCCAUUAUAUUCCAAGUGACCCGAGACAUGGUGCCAUCAAUACGCUUGCUGGUCUACUACGUAAUGCACGGGGAGGGCACGUCUGAGCUAGUGGCCGACUCUGUGUGGAUAGACGUCAAGGAAAAAUGUGUCAAUGGGCUUAAGACAGAGCUGUCAUUUCAUCAGAAAGAAUACAAGCCAAAGGAUGUCCUGACAGUUGAAGUGAAAACUGGUCAGGAUUCCCUGGUGGCCUUAUCUGCUGUUGACACUGCUGUCUACUCUCUCAGAGCUUCCCAGGACCCGCUGACAAGUGUGCUCCGCCACAUUGAGCAAAGUGACCAGGGUUGUGGAGGAGGAGGUGGUAAAGACAAUGCAGAUGUCUUCCGUCUUGCUGGCCUCACGUUUAUGACCAAUGCAAAUGCUCAAGCUUCCCAGUCUGAAGAUGACAAAUGUACUGCUGCUGUGAGACCAAAGCGUGCCCUCUCCCCUAACCAAAAGAAAGAAAAAGCAAAACAAUAUGGGAAAAUGGUAUUCUGCUGCUUACAAGGAUUGCAACAAAUACCAACCCUGGAAAGCUGUGCCCAUCGUGCCAAUAGAGUUAAGCAUAAAAAUGCCAAUGAUCAGAAGAUUUGCCGUGAAGUUUUCACAGAAUGCUGUGAAUACAGCCUUAAGGAGCUCCAAAACAGUAAUGAAAAUGUCUUGGCACGUGCUGAGGUUUCUUUUCUAUUUGAUCUACUACCAACUCAGAUACGCAGCUAUUUCCCAGAGAGCUGGCUAUGGGAAGUACAACCAGUAAGGUCAGGACAGGUAACUUUGAGGAGAAUGCUCCCGGACUCUCUGACCACAUGGGAGAUAAAAGCGGUCGGCAUGUUCAAGAAGGAGGGGAGCUCAGGAAUCUGUGUGGCAGACCCCAUCAGAAUCUCAGUUACUCAGGCUGUGAGCAUAGAUGUGCCCCUCCCUUAUUCCAUGGUGCGUGGUGAGCAGAUUAAGCUGAAAGGCUCGGUCUAUAACCAGGCAGAGGAAAUUAUUCAGUACUGUGUAACGCUGACCGCUGGGCCAGGGGUGUGCCUGUUUCAAGGCAAACCAACAAAAGAUGAUGGCGUAAAGACUACCAGGUGUGACAAGUACAGUUGGUUGGAGAGUGGCUCAGUGGGUCUCAUCACCUUCACUCUCAUGGCUUUAGAAGUGGGAAGUCACCCUCUCACUUUCACCUUGCGCACUAAGCAACAGGGGAUGAAUGACCAAAUUAUCAAGACCCUCCGUGUAGUGCCUGAAGGCAUCAGGAUCGAGGAAGUCAUUGGUGGAAAACUGGACCCACAGGGUCUUUAUGGGUUCUCCAUUAGGACUGUAGAACUCAAAAAUAGCCUGCCUUCACAACUGGUGCCUAAGACCUCUGUGGAACGCCUUAUCACUAUAAAUGGUGAGAUAUUGGGGGAGGUGCUUGCUAUCUUGGACAACCCGGAUGGCCUGCACAAACUUGUCAACCUACCCAGUGGGUCUGCUGAAGGCGAAAUAAUGAAAUUCCUGCCAGUCUACUUUGUUUACCACUACCUGGAGACUACAAACCGAUGGAACAUCAUGGGCCCUGAGAAAUAUAACCAUCCAUCAGAACUUAAGAGAAAGAUCAGAGAGGGCAUCACAAGCAUCCAGUCUUUUAGGAUUCCUCUUAAAUUUAGUUACAGCAUGUGGAAGGACAAGGAAGCAAGCACAUGGUUAACAGCCUUUGUGGUGAAGACUCUGGGACAGGUGGACAAAUACGUCAAAGUAGACAGUGUCAUGUUGUCUAACUCCAUCUUCUGGCUGAUCAACAUAGCUCAAAAUGAGGAUGGCUCCUUUACUGAAUAUUCCACAUACAUACCUGUGAAACUCAUGGCCAAAGGUGCGGAUGCCAUGGACAAAUCAGUCUACCUCACCUCCUUUGUCAUGAUCGGAAUCAAGACUGCCAUGGAGGUGGAAAACUGUGGCUUAAUGGAGUUUGGUCAGGCCAUGAGGAAAGCUGCAAUGUAUGUGUCGAAUCAUGCUCAUCUUGUAAAAAGCAUGUACGCUAGAGCAGUGGCUGCCUACGCACUCACACUGGAGGACAGGGACAGCAUGCAAUCUGUUAUGCUAUAUGAAAGCCUGGAGAAGAAAGCCAGGGAAAAGGGCGAACCAGUUGAAUAUCGCUACUGGCAGGAGAAAGAUGUUACUCAAAACCCACUGACCCCUGAUAAGACAUCGGCGCAGAUGGUGGAGACCACAGCCUACGUCCUACUCACAGCUCUGAUCAAAGCCAAACACCAAUAUGCCCAGCCGAUCCUCAACUGGUUGACACAGGACCAAGGCUACGGAGGGGGCUUUCACUCAACUCAGGACACAAUUCUCACCCUGGAAGCUCUGGCUGAGUACAGCAAAGUGAUCCGAUCAGCUAAGCUGGAUCUGUUGAUUGAGGCGACCUACACAAAGACAAAGGAGCAACUGGGGAGGAUCUCGCUUAACCAGAAGAAACCUGUGGGCACACCAAUAGAAGUGUCUAAGGAUAAUGAUGUCAGAGUGACCACAGGCUAUGGUUCAGGAGUCUCCAUUGUUAAGAUGAAGACAGUUUAUUAUAAAACAACAGAGAAUAAUGAAAUGUGCAACUUUGACAUUUCCAUUCAACUACAUAGUCCUGACCUAAAGUCAAAAGAUACUAUGCUCCAUAAAUCUCGAAUUGUCGCAUGUGCAAAAUACAAACCCCGUCCAAAUGAAAUGUUUACUGAGGCUAGCCACACAGUCAUGGAAAUCCAGCUGCCCACUGGCGUGCGGCCCUUCCAAGAAGAUCUAAAUAUGUUUUUGAAUGGACUGGAAUCUGUGAUUACUGACUACAAAAUCACAGAGGACAUGGUUGUGCUUCAGCUCGACUCAGUCCCCUCUGACCAGUUCAUCUGUGUGGGAUUCCGAAUACAAAAUCUCUUCCAAGUUGGCAUGGUCAGUGCCUCCUUUUUUAAAGUCUACGAGUUCAAUGAUCGAGAGAGCCAAUGCUCUAAGCUCUACUCAAAUUCUGAAGCCAAGCUACUGAGGCUUUGUGUGGGGGAACAGUGCCACUGUAUGGCAGCGGAAUGCUGCAACUUCAAAUACGACAUGGAUACCAGCAUCACUGCUGAUGGUAGAAAACGUGAUACCUGCCAUGACCAUAUACAUUAUGCAUUUAAGGUAAAAAUCAAAUCCAUUGUGGAAGAAGGUGAUUUCAUUACCUAUGUGGCAAACAUGCUAAAUCCCUUAAAAAUGGGUUUGGAAAAUCACAAAAUCAACUCAGAGUUGGAAUUUGUGAAAAAGGCCUCAUGCACUUCUGUGGACAUGAAAACUGGUGGACAAUACCUUAUUGUGGGUGCAGACAGAAUGCAGAUUCAAGUUGGCAGGAGUUAUAAAUAUAGAUACCCUCUGGAUUCCCAGGCUACAGUUGAGGUGUGGCCAUCUGAAUGUGGAGGAAAUCCCACCUGCGUUAAAUAUGUAAACAUUCUGGAACAAUAUGCAGAAGAUUUGCUGAUUGAGGGCUGUUAAUAACACUUUAUUUGGUGUGGGUUUUUACAUACAUUUUACAUAAAUGUCCCAUAGGUUCCAUUUCUUGAUAAAUAAACAUAUUGACAAAUAUA